UUAGCCAUUGUUGCGUCAUGAAAUUAGUCCGUGUCAGCUCAGAUGUUACGUUCGUAGGAAAGGUGUGGAAAGAAUAUUUUUGACCUUCCAAGACUUCCAAAUUCCUCAAUAAUCACUCAGCUGCACACAGGAAAUAAUUUCCCAAAAUUUUUCACAGGUGAACAACAAAUUUGAAGUAAUGAAACUUAGUUUACAGUUCCUGUGCAAUAUUUGUGCACUUUCAUGUUUGAUUUUAAUUAUGUGCUUAAAUGUUGCUAUUUGUGGAAGAGAUUAUUAUGAUAUUCUAGGAGUCAAUAAAAGAGCUAGUAGUAGAGAUAUUAAAAAGGCAUUUAGAAAACUAGCUAUGCAAUAUCAUCCAGACAAGAAUAAAGAUCCACAGGCAGAAGAUAAGUUUCGAGAAAUCGCUGAAGCAUAUGAAGUGUUGUCAGAUGAAGAUAAAAGAAAGCAAUAUGACAAGUUUGGAAAGUCUGCCUUUGAGAGCAACAACGGUGGAGGAUUUCAUCAAGGUUUUCAGUUUAAUUUCAAUGACUUUUAUAAGCAGUUUGAUGACUUUGCUGGUUUCCACUUCAAAACAAGUGGCUCUAGAGGCAAUCGUAGAAAACAUGGAUUCAGUUUUUUUGAUUUUGAUGAUUUAUUUUCGGAUUUUGAACCAGAAGAAGAAAGUGACUUUCAAGGCUUUGGCGGAUUUCAAGACUUUUUUGGGAGUCAAGAUAGCUUCUUCGGAACACAUUUUCGGGGGGAUGUGUCAAACAGUCAUCAUACUCAGACAAGAGCUUUUAGUUCAACAAAUAAUGGCCGAUGCAAAACUGUUACGCAAAGAGUUGGGAACAUGGUAACGACAUACACGCAAUGUUCUUAAUGUUGGUAGACUUGUAAAUAUGAACAAUUUUCCCCUAAAGUACAUGCUGGCAGUUUAAUGGGCCAAAAAUUUUGAAAAGUUUUAUGCAUUUUAUUGUGCCAUUGCAUGGAGACUUAUUGUUUGCAUAAGGUUUGUGAAGCCAAAAAUGCUCCAAUACAAUUUUAUUUUGUUUGAACAUAUCAGGUUGAUUUUUUUCUCAUAUUUUAAACUACUGUUGUGAUAUGUACAAAAUGUAUGUUAUUAAAGUAUUAGAUUUCAAAUAA